ACAAGUCCAGAGAAGAAGGAGUGUCGAGAAACGGGCUGAGUGUUUGUGUCUCCAGAGGAAACAUUUCAUCUCCUGCAGGAACAAUGACUCCAGUUGAGGCUUUGAGAGAGUUUAUUCAGCAGCGACUCACUGCUGCUGCUGGAGAAAUCUUCACCGCGUUUCAACAAACUCUCCUCCACUACGAGAAGGAGAUGAACGUUCAGGACAGACUGCUGGAAAUCACAGGAGAACUUCCAGUCCCGUUCUCCAGAACAGAGAGUCCACAGCAACACAUUAGUAACCAGAAGACCAGUUCCAGUGGUGAGCAGGAGGAACAUGAAGCUCCACACAUUAAAGAGGAGGAGGAUCUUGUUGAGAUGAGCGUUACUGAUGGUGGAAGUGAGGAUUCCCACCACUCUGUGAGAGACUCCACCACCCGGAGACUCACUGCUGCUGCUGUGGAAAUCUUCAACCUGUUUCAACAAACUAUUGUCCAGUACCAGGAGAAGAUUGAUCGCCGACACAGACUGCUGGACGUCAUCUUCCAACCUGAGAUCAGGUUAAACAGAAUCGAGCUCCAACAGCAGCGUGACUUGAAGUCCGAGGUGGAAACGGUGAAGAGGAAAGGUGAGAGGACGAUGCCCUGGGGCGCCCCAGUUUGUCAGACCACCACCUCCGACUCACAGCCGCUCAGCCGCACGGACUGUGGACGCUUCCUCCGCAGCAGCGCCGGCCCGAUGGUGUUUUAG